GCCCUCGGGCCGCGGCUGGUUGUUGUUCAGCCGCGCGGCCGCGCUGGGCUUCGGGUCCCGCGUCCACCGGCCGCGCUGUCCGUUCCGCGCGCGGCCAUGGAGCUGGAGGUGUCGGACGAGGCGGAGAGCGCCGAGGCGGGCGUCGUGACCUCGCAGGCGGCCUGGGCGGCGGAGAGCGGGGCGGCGGCGGCAGGUCUGUCUCAGAAGAAGUCGGCCUCUAUGGAGACCCCUCCAAUGACGGGCCAGCCGGGCCCUGGCCACGGCAAGAAGCUGGGUCACCGGGGCGUGGACGCGUCGGGGGAAACCACGUACAAAAAGACCACCUCCUCCACACUGAAGGGGGCCAUCCAGCUGGGCAUCGGCUACACGGUGGGCAACCUGAGCUCCAAGCCCGAGCGGGACGUGCUCAUGCAGGACUUCUACGUCGUGGAGAGCAUCUUCUUCCCCAGUGAGGGCAGCAACCUCACCCCUGCCCACCACUUCCAGGACUUCAGGUUCAAGACGUACGCGCCCGUGGCCUUCCGCUACUUCCGGGAACUCUUUGGCAUCAGGCCUGACGAUUACCUGUACUCGCUGUGCAACGAGCCCCUGAUUGAGCUGUCCAACCCGGGCGCCAGUGGCUCCCUCUUCUAUGUCACGAGCGACGAUGAGUUCAUCAUCAAGACCGUGAUGCACAAGGAGGCGGAGUUCCUGCAGAAGCUGCUACCCGGAUACUACAUGAACCUCAACCAGAACCCGCGGACGCUGCUCCCCAAGUUCUACGGGCUCUACUGCGUGCAGUCAGGGGGCAAGAACAUCCGCGUGGUGGUGAUGAACAACAUCCUGCCCCGCGUGGUCAAGAUGCACCUCAAGUUCGACCUCAAGGGCUCCACGUACAAGCGGCGGGCCAGCAAGAAGGAGAAGGAGAAGAGCAUCCCCACCUACAAGGACCUGGACUUCAUGCAGGACAUGCCCGAGGGGCUGCUGCUGGACGCCGACACCUUCUCGGCGCUCGUCAAGACGCUGCAGAGGGACUGCCUGGUGCUGGAGAGCUUCAAGAUCAUGGACUACAGCCUCCUGCUGGGCGUGCACAACAUGGACCAGCAGGAGCGGGAGCGGCAGGCCGAGGGCGCGCACAGCGCGGCCGACGAGAAGCGGCCGCUGGGCCAGAAGGCGCUUUAUUCCACGGCCAUGGAGUCCAUCCAGGGCGGCGCGGCGCGUGGUGAGGCCAUCGAGACGGACGACACGAUGGGUGGGAUUCCUGCUGUGAAUGGCCGUGGGGAGCGCCUGCUGUUGCACAUCGGCAUCAUCGACAUCCUGCAGUCCUACAGGUUCAUCAAGAAACUGGAGCAUACCUGGAAGGCUCUUGUCCACGAUGGGGACACGGUCUCCGUACACCGACCCAGCUUCUACGCCGAGCGCUUCUUCAAGUUCAUGAGCAACACCGUGUUCCGGAAGAACUCCUCUCUCAAGUCCUCCCCCUCCAAGAAAGGGCGGGCCGCCCUGCUAGCCGUGAAGCCCCUGGGGCCCACAGCUGCCUUCUCAGCCAGCCAGAUCCCCAGCGAGCGUGAGGAAGCCCCCUAUGACCUGCGGGGAGCUCGCAGCUACCCCACGCUGGAGGAUGAAGGCCGGCCUGACCUCUUGCCCUGCACCCCGCCCUCCUUCGAGGAGGCCACCACUGCCUCCAUCGCCACCACCCUGUCCUCCACGUCCCUCUCCAUCCCUGAGCGCUCGCCCUCCGAGACGUCAGAGCAGCCACGGUACCGGCGCCGCACACAGUCCUCAGGACAGGAUGGCCGGCCCCAGGAGGAAGUGCACGUGGAUGAGGACUUGCAGCAGAUCACGGUGCAGGUGGAGCCCACGUGCAGCGUGGAGAUAGUGGUCCCCAAGGAGGAUGAUGCCGGGGGGACGGCGUCCCCGGCCUGCACCGCAGCAGCCACCGCCACCGCAGCGGUAGAAGCGGAAACCACCAGCCAGGCCUCGGAGCCUGCCAGCCAGGCCUCGGACGAGGAGGACGCGCCGGCCACCGAUAUUUACUUUCCCGCCGAUGACCGGAGCUGGGUGUACUCCCCGCUCCACUAUAGCGCCCCGGCCCGCCCGGCCUCCGACGGCGAGAGUGACACAUAACUUCCACGCAGACCCCGGCCACCCCCGGAGCUCGCUGCCCGCGCCUGUGAUGCCGUGCGCCGCCGCCGCCCCCCAGCGUCCCCGGCUCCUAUUUAUUCGGGUCCCAGCUCUUUGCACAGAUGUCGCACGUGCGGUUUCUUUCUUUUUUU